AUGGCCGAAAGCGACGAGUCGCCCGAAUCGCUGAGGGCAAGAGCCGACGAGGUCCGCCGCCGGAUCACCUUCCUCCGCGCCUCCUCCUCCCUGCCUUCCUUCCCCUCGACCUCGUCCGCCUCUCACGACUCCAUCUUCCGUCGUACCAGUACCCUCUCCUCCUCCCCUACAGCCACACAAGAGGCAACCGAACUCGCGCGAACGUACAGGCUGACGGGAAGGAGCUGUUUUGCGGUUGAACUUGCGAGGGGGAAUAGGGCGAAGGAGGAGUUGGGCGAGAUUGGGAGGGAGAGGAAGAAGAGGAGGGUCGAGCGGAAGGGGAAGGGGGGGGCUGAGGAGGAGGAGGAGGAGGAGGAGGAGGAGGAGGAGAAGGACGAAUUCGUGAGGAGGGGAACGGCUGUGAGGUUGGAGACGUUCUACCAGGGCCGCUACUACGAACCAUACUACAUCGUCUUCGCUCGCCGCCUCCCCGACCUCGACAAACCAGCCGUCGACUCUGAACUUCCCAUCUACAUUGCGCAUCACACGAUACCGCACUGGAUACCGCUUGACAACUUGUCGAGACGAUACCUUGGUGCGCCGCUUGAAGAGGACGAGAUGGAGGAGCGGAGAGCGGAAGUUGCUGGCGAGCCGGACCUGGAGCUCUUCCUCACCCGCCUCAAGCCGUACUUGAAUGCCUUCGUCUCCCGCCGCGAGCAACUCGUCUCCCUCCGAUCCGCCUACAGCACCUCUGCCCACACUUCUCUGCACUUCCGCAUCUUCGCAUCCGAGCCGUGCGACCGCAUAGUCAUCGAAUGGCACAUCCCGAGCAGUUUGUCGUCGGAGGACGAGGUGGAUGAGGGCAAGAAGCGGGUUGUCGCGCAGGUUGCGUGCCAUGAUCUGCGAGUUGAGAGGUUUGCAGAGAAGGCGGAGGGCGAGGAGGCGUCGCUGUUGGUGCGGUAUUUCGAGCAGACGAGCGAUGGUCGAGAAGUUCGCCAGCUCGUCCUGCAUACUCUCGCGGCGGCAGCACUGCAGCUCGCAGGCGCGAAGCGGACGAUAGAAGCGGCUGUCCGAGGGUUGGUAGACGAGACGAUGCGGCCUGGAUGGGUCCCAGAAGGCUGA